AUGAAGCAAAUGAACAAUGUGACAGAAUUCAUUCUACUUGGCCUGACACAGAACCCGGAUGUGCAGAAACUCUUGUUUGUCAUAUUCACACUUAUCUACUCUCUUACCCUCCUUGGCAAUCUACUCAUUAUUGUAACUGUCAUCUCUAGUCCAGCUGGAUCCCCCAUGUAUUUUUUCCUGUCCUUCCUAUCUUUUGUAGAUGGCUGCUGCUCUUCCACCAUGACCCCAAAAAUGAUAUUUGACUUACUUGCUGAAAAGAAAUCCAUUUCUUUCUAUGGUUGCAUGACUCAGAUCUUUGCAGAACAUUUCUUUGGUGGAGUUGAGAUCAUGCUGCUCACAGCCAUGGCCUAUGACCGCUAUGUAGCCAUCUGCAAGCCCCUACACUACAUGAUCACAAUGAACAGGAGAGUGUGUGGCUUCCUGGUUUCCAUGGCCUGGGCUGGGGGAUUUCUCCAUGCUCUAAUUCAAAUUCUUUUUAUGAUCUGGUUGCCCUUCUGCGGCCCAAAUAUCAUUGACCAUUUCAUCUGUGACCUUUUCCCUCUCUUAAAACUCUCCUGCACUGACAACCAUGUCUUCGGACUCUUUGUGGCUGCCAACAGUGGGUUAAUGUGUAUGCUAAUCUUUUCUAUUCUUCUCACUUCCUAUGUCCUCAUCCUUUGCUCUCUAAAAACUCAUAGCACUGAAGAACAGAGAAAGGCUCUCUCCACCUGUGCCUCCCAUAUUACAGUAGUCAUCCUAUUCUUUGUACCCUGCAUAUUCGUUUACCUUCGGCCCAUGGUCAUCUUCCCCAUUGACAAAGCUGUGGCUGUGUUCUACACUGUGAUAACACCCAUGUUAAACCCUUUAAUCUACACCCUCAGGAACACAGAGGUGAAAACUGCCAUGAGGAAACUCUGGAACCAACGAAAAGCUAGAGAAAGAUUCCCAUGA